CCUCCUAUCACCGCCACGAACCCUUCAUUUUCCGAAGGUCGGCGAUUUUCGUCAUCAGAACUAGGAUUCACGCCUUCUGGGACGCUUUGAUAACCACUAAAUACUUAGGUGGGCAGGUAUAGUUGCUCACUUAAGUGUGGUAGUAUCGAAAAGUGCAUUUACGGAUACCUGCCUGACCUACAAGGGUCUCUGUCGAACGCGAUAAACACCUCCAACCUCCAACCAGCCGCAAAAAGAUGGUGGUUAAUUCGCUUACACGUCACUAGUUCAGCUUUCCAGAAAUAGUCAGGAUAUGCCUUUUUAUUGAGUGGGGAACCAGGGGCCUAAACCAAUCAACAGUCACAAAUUUAUUAAGAAAACCACCUAUAGGCCAGCUGAGUUAAGCUGAAUUUCUGCACUUUGCUGUCCUAUUGUUCCCUUUCUGCCGACUUACAGGUAACUAAGUACCUUCUAAAGUAGCAGGCAGAAAUAAGAGCCGCAUUUGAUCAUGGCAUAUAAGGAAGGUCUUGGGUGGCCCCCAAGAGGGUAUAAUCUUCAACUCAACCAAGAUUCCCUCGUUUUACCCCAUAACAUACCUUAUACGCGCGCGCACUUGUGUGGAGCUUGUCCUAUCGGGCAUACAGAUCACCAUGAGCCAAACCAGCGUCAAAGAAGGACUUCAGUCCAAGGAGGAACCCAUCCUAGCCAGAGAAAACCCUGAGGACCAGAAACCAAGAUACACAUACUUCAGUAACAAACAUCAAAUCAUCGAACUCUUUCAAAAAUUCCUUGGACGAUGGGUUCUUACUUCGGUGAUUUGUGCUGCCUUCAUUGUUGUCUUGAAGCAGUAUGAUCAGAAGCCAUAUCUAGACGACGACACCGCGCAUAUUUACAACGCCUUGACAUCAGGACUUACUAUUUGUUUAUCGUUGAAUAUCGACGCCAGCCUGAACGAGCUCGCAAGUGUAUUGAAAUGGGCAAUGUUGGCUGCCAGACCUUUCCACCCUGCUGUCUUUGAGCUCACCCUCGCUCUUGAUAGCUCAAAAUUUAACGCGAUCAAAUUACUCUUCCGACGUAGUGGUGUGGUCUGGUGGUUGCGACUAUUCUGUCUCUUCUGGAUUUUCAUUACUCUCGCAGCCCAGGUCGGUACAGCGCUCGUUGGCCUUACUUACUCGGUGAUUUCGCUUUCACCAGACAAGCACGACUUCCCAGAGCCGGUCGGGAACGGAUUCUCAGCCAGUUUUACGCAAAUCGAGUCCUUCUCCUUCACGAUUGACCGUGAUACGCUUAUCGGAUCACUAUCAGGGGACACUUUAUCCCUACAGCGUUCUACCGCCUUUGCUUACGGUCUCGGUGCUAUUAACUCCGCUGUCUAUUUUCUUGACGAGGUUGACGGUUUAUCCUACCACUCUUCGACGUUCAAUAGCGAGAACUCUAGUUACAUAAGCGGGAUCUCGAACUACCCAGAUUGGGCAGCGAAUAGUUUAACACAAUGGAACGCCAUUGGACGAGGUGUCAAUAAUUAUGCUGAGUGUGACGUUAUGGGCAACGUCGAGAUCAACAACUCGUCAGAUACUACUACCAUUAGCUUCGACGGAUAUAACGGAACGCAAGACUUUACCAUACCCCAAAAUCCCCUCAAAUAUGCAACAUACAUCUCAGACACCUCGCUUUCCUGCGGCACACGGUGUACACAAGUCCAUGUUAUACUCUCUCUGAAUGAGGUUCCGACUGUGUUCACGUGCAAUAGUACUGUGGGCUGGAUGUAUGAUUGGAUUACUGAUGACUGGAUCACAGAUGGGGAUUUCUCCAUGCCUGAUACCCAAGCUCAGAUUCUAGCUGGUGCUAUUGGCUGGGGAGACAUCGAGGUCAAUAGUUCCCUCGACGCACAAUCUACUCUCGGUCGUUUUCAAGCCUCAAGCUUUGAUAAUGGGUCAUACUGGGCCCCAUUAUCAACCCUAAGCCCCGAGAGUAUGGCCAACUGGUACGUCGCGCACUUCACGGCUGCUGCGAUCGAGUCCAUAGAAGAUUACGGUCUUACUUCCAACUUCACCAAUAUAGUCGUCCCUGGUGUGGCGCAACAAUUAGACGUGAAGUGGUCUUACAGCAUCCUCGUUCUUGCGAUAAUACCUGGUGUUCAAGCUCUCUUGGCCCUAGCCUGUAUUGCUAUAUUGUACUGGCGACGAGUACCAGCUCACAAUGACUCUCACUUUGCCAUGGCAGCACUUCUUGGACCCGUUGUAUCGCGUAUCAAUCCGUACAGCUUGGAAAGUGGAAGCAACAUCGCAAACGACAUUAAAGUACCUCAGAUCUAUAUGCCAGAACACGAGCCCACUAGGAGAGUUAAAAUCGGCACAGGGCCGGAAUGGGAGGCGUUCGGAGAUAAAAAACCGAUAUUUCAAGAUGAAAAAUAUUUUUAGAAGCACUGGUCGGGUUCAUGCACGUUAUUAGGGGCAGAACAUGGAGGUGGUGUAUUCAACACAAUUGCUUGAUAAUUAUGGGACAUAUUAACGGGAGAAUUUGAUCAUUUACAUCGAGGUGGAAUAAAAUACUCAGACUUUCCUUAUUAAUUAUUCCCCCUUACGCGCUUGAGUAUUUUUCUGGCUUGGGCAAAGGCAUUAAAUGCCAUGAGGAUUAAUUUAGGAGUUAAUUAGGUAGUUAGGUCAAAUCGAUCUGUUUGUAGCUUAUUUAGUAGCAUACAUGAAGAAUCAACAGUUUGUCACCA